GGCGGUGCGUGUUGGUGCAGGUGGUCAACAGCGUGUGUGGGACAUGCGUACCAGAGCGCGUCAGACCUGGCUCCAGAGAGAAAUGAGGGGUGUGCUCGGGCGCUUGUGAGGCUACGGCGCAUGCGCCUCGCAGGAAAAUCACGGGCGUCGUGGCUCGCGCCGCAGCGAUUGCAGAUUUUACAUGCCAGAUAGGAAGGAGAGGGGUAGGGGGUACGAGACGAGGGUGUUCCUGCACACACAGCCCGGCGAAAGAGGGAUGGAGACCCGGCGGCGUGAGGAAGAAGAGCAAGAGGGCUGACGCGACUGCUUUUCUUUCCAGAUUACAAACCUCUUCUGCAGAUGCAACCUGUCAUCCCACCCGUCCUAGUAAUCCCUUCUUUCUUUUUUUUUUUAUUGCGGUGUUUCUUCCAGAGGGGACUACAAUGACAACCUGGUGAAUGCAGUCGGGAUGGAGUGAAAAACAUUCAGCGGAACGCAGGAUGCGCAUCCAUCCCAGCCCGACAAGGAAGAAGAAGGUAGAGCAACCUGGCAGCUUUUCUGGCGUCGCAUGUCAGAGGUUUUCCGCGGCGCCGAGGAUUGAUCGUUUCCUUCGUCGCCCUCCUGCUGACGGUGUCGGUGUAUAAUGGAGAGCUCCAAUGGCUCUGGCAGCGACACCAAACCGCAGAACCACCAGUUGGAGAAGAAGAGACUGAACCGAGCGCCGUCUCCGGCCAGACCUUUCCUCAAGGAUGUGCACUCCCGCUCCACCAAGCCACCUGCCAUCGUACCCAAAUCCCCCAAAUUCAGCAAGCAGCAGCAGCAGUCAGCCUCAGUGCCCUUAGCUCAUCCGAACCGCAGCUCCAGGCGCAACGCAGCCGGGGCGAAAGAGAAACCAGCCACGGCGAGAAGUAACACCAAGUCCACUGUCGCGAAAAAGCCCACGAAGGUGCCCCAGCAGGCGGCAGCCGAGCCGAAGGCAGCCAGCAUCAAACCGGACAGCACCAGCAGUCCGGUCCUUGCCAAAAGCAAGAAGGGGAAACUCGCCUCGGGCCCUCUCAGCCAUGGAUCCCCGAUCCGGGUGCCGACCGGAGCGCCCCUCGGCCGGGUCAGCCAAACCGACAGCAGCUCAGACUUGUCGGACUGUCCGUCCGAGCCGCUGUCGGACGAGCAGAGGCUGGCACCGGCCGCUAGUAGCGACGCCGAGUCCGGCACCGGCUCCAGCGACCGGGAUCAGCUGGUAGCCGAUAAUCCUCCGCGGGCAGAAGCGACCGGAGCGACAGCUGCUACUCGCACAACCGAGGCUCCUGCCGCCAAGGGAAGCAUGUCUCAGGCUCAGCCCGCUCCGGGGGCGCACGGAGAGAAGAAACACAAGCAGGAGAAAGCCUCCACAAGCGCACAAUCCAAACUGCCAGGCACCAAGGAAGGACCCGAGGAGGACCUGCUGCGGGAGAUUGAAGAUCUGAGAUCCGAAAACGACUACCUCAAGGAUGAAGUGGACGAGUUACGGGCCGAGAUGGAGGAGGUGCGGGACAGCUACCUGGAGGAGGAGGUGUACCAGCUGCAGGAGCUGCGAAGGGAACUGGACCGCUCCAACAAAAACUGCCGCAUCCUACAGUACCGCCUGCGAAAGGCCGAGCAGAAGAGCCUGCGGGUCGCUCAGACGGGCCACGUGGACGGAGAGCUGCUGCGGAGUCUGGAGCAAGAUCUCAAGGUGGCCAAAGACGUGUCGGUACGUUUGCACAACGAGCUGGAGAGCGUGGAGGACAAACGCAGCCGGGCCGAGGACGAGAACGAGCUGCUCAGACAAAAGAUCAUCGAAGUGGAGAUUUCCAAACAGGCGCUGCACAACGAGCUGGAGAGGACCAAAGAGACUGCUCUGAGACGACGAGGAAGCAGAGAAGCAUUUAAAGACAAGAAAUCUACAAGUCAGGAGGACAGCGCGGACCUCAGGUGCCAGCUCCAGUUUGCCAAGGAGGAGUCCGGUCUGAUGAGGAAGAAGAUGGCCAAGCUGGGACGCGAGAAGGAUGAACUGGAGCAGGAGCUGCAGAAGUACAAAUCAGUUUACGGGGACGUGGACAGUCCCCUCCCCCUCGCUGAGUGCUCCGGCGGCGGCCCUCACACCACCCGAGAGGCUGAGCUCCGGUUACGCCUCAAGCUGGUGGAGGAGGAGGCGAACAUCCUGGGCAGGAAGAUUGUGGAGCUGGAGGUGGAGAACCGCAGCCUACGGGCCGAAAAUGAAGACAUUCGCUGUCAGUACGAGAGAGACUGCUUCGGCCGGGAGCCUUUCUCCAGCAUGCCCUCGUCCCCGUACGGCGGGGAUGCCCUGGACUCGGCCAGCGAGCUACGUCGCCAUCUCCAGUUCGUUGAGGAGGAGGCCGAGUUGCUGCGGCGUUCCAUCUCAGAGAUUGAGGACCACAACAGGCAGCUGACAUCUGAACUCAAUCGCUUCAAGUUUGGCCCGAGCAGCAGCAGCAGCCCGGUACCUGUGGGCGAGGAGGGCAGUGAAGGGGUGCUGUUCAAACCUGGCAAUGGGGGGACUGGCAACGGCUCCAUGAUGAUGGAGGAGCUUAAAUCGGCCAGGAUGCAGAUCAACGAGCUAAGCGGAAAAGUGAUGAAGCUGCAGUACGAGAACCGCGUCCUCAUGUCCAACGUCCAGCGCUGCGACCUGGCGGCUCACCUGGGCCUGCGCACCGGCAGCCCCCGAGACAGCGACGCAGAGAGUGACACAGGCCGCAGAGAAGCCGCUGAAGAAGAGGAGGCAGGGCGACUCCUUCUCCUCCAGCCCAAGAGGGAGGGCCCUAUCGGAGGUGAGAGCGACUCCGAAGACCUGUUUGAGAAGACAGCAACCACCUCAGGGUUCGGGAGCAUCAAGCCCACGGACGGCAGCGAGCUCAGCGCCGCCGAACUGGCCAAUCGCAGGAGAGAGGAACGGGAGUCGUUCUCUAAUGUGAAGCGAGAGGCGGAGAGGCUCGGGAAGACGGUGGACCGUCUGAUCACGGACACCGACAGUCUGAUCUUCGAGGGCAGGCUGCUGGUGACGACCGGGGAGAGCCUCGAGGGCGGGGCGGCGUCCGGAUCCAAACCAGACACUCAAGUCCUGGACACCAUCAACACUCGCAUGAAGGCUUUCCGCACCGAGCUGCACAUCUUCGUGGAGAAGCUGGAGCACAUAGGGGAGGGGCUGAGAGAAAGGACAGAUGAUCUGUCGCCCAUGCCAAACCUCACAGAGUCUAGCAGCUUCCUCUCCACGGUCACCUCCAUGUCCCGCGACUCUCCCAUUGGCACCUUUGGAAGAGACCUGGCCACGGACUUCCAGUCCGGUCAGAGGGAUGAGCUGGAGUGGCGUCUAGGACAGGAGCGAGGCGUGGAGCCCCAGAGCCAGAGCCAGGGUGGGGGCCAGGCCCAGAGCAGGGGAGCCACGGGACUCACUAGGUACCACAGGCCCCUGGCUUUAAGAGCAGAGCUGCGGGACACGCCUGCCUUUGACAUCCAGUUCCGCCUGGAUCACGAGCGAAGGAUGAGGGCGACCGCCGAGGAACGGGAAGCCGUGGUUUCUCUGCCUCAGCACCAGGAGGAUGAGCGUUUGCGUCUGGAGGCCCAGCGUGAAGGCCUGGAGCUGCAGGGCCUUCAGAGUCACGACGUGCCCUGGACUCAGGAGAGGGCCAUGCUGCAACAGGAGGUCCGCCUCUUCAGACGCAACACCAUCAUCUUCUACAUGAAGCUCAGGUGGAUCCUCACGCACUGGAGGCUCGGCCGCAAGGAUGACUCCGGAGACGAGGCGGGGCACCCGGAGUUUGAGAAGUUGGAGGGCUUCCCAGAGCUGGGAGUGAUAAUGGAGCAGGAGGGGGAGUCGGAGCGAGACGACAGACUGUGUUUACCACAAACUCCGGGGGACGUCCCCGACGCCGGCCACAUCCUCCCUCUGCCGUCACCUGACCGACACCUGCAGCAUCAGGGACAGUUCGGUGAGAGCCGCCGGUUGCUGCAGGCCUUGCGGACGCUGCUGGAGGAGUUUCGGGAGGAGCUGCGGGAGGAGGAGACGCGGCGGUGCCAACUGCAGCAAACCUACGCCAACGACAAGGCCGCCUGGGAGGUCAAGUGGGCAGAGAUGAAGUGCCAGGUUGCACAGCUGGAGGAGGAGGUGCGUGAUAAGGUGCGAGGCGAGGCGCAGGGAGAAGAAGAGGAGGAGGAAGCCGGAGAUCCCGAGUGGGGCUUGAACCUGGAGCGCGAGGAGCACCGGCGCCUGCUGGCCGAGAGCCACAACACGUCGCUGGACCUCCGCUGGAAGCUGCAGCACGGGGAGAAGAGGUGGAGCCGCGAGAGGGCCGAGCUCCUGGAGCGCUUCGACCGCGAGCGGCAGGAGUGGGACGGCAGCAUGAGGGAGCUCCACCGCAAGAUGGAGAGGAUGCAGAGAGAGCUGAACACGCGGCGAGGCGAGGGUAUGGACGUCAAAGAUGGCAGCUCGGCGCACAGAGGCGUGUUUUCACCUCAGGAGAGUCCCUGCGCCGCCCCCCGGUCACCUCGCGCCCCUCGCUCCCCCUGCACGUCCACUCCUGUCCCCGUCACCCCCACGCGCUCCCACUCUGACUCCGACGCCAUGUUGGAGGAGCAGGGGGCGGCGAUGAGGCUGAAAGGCCCGACCGAGAACCUGUUCCUGGACGCGCUGACUCUGGACCCCCUCUGUGGCCUGGAGGUCCCCCCACCCUGCAGACUGGAGAGUGAGAAGAGGUUCCCCUGCAUGAAGGAGGCCCUGAACGAGAUUUCUGAGAGAGAAGGGGAUCCUGAUUACCCAGACGACGAUGACAUGAGAGAGGGAGGGAGUCUGCUCAGAGCCAAGUCCGUGUGCUCCAUGAGCGACUUCCAGCGUUUAAUGGACAGCUCCCCGUUCCUCCCAGACAAGACUCGCCACGGUGAUCAGGGCCAAGACGACAUCACCCCGCCUCUCUCCCCGGAUGACCUCAAGUACAUCGAGGAGUUCAACAACAAGGGCUGGGACUUCCCGUCGUCCUCCUCUGGCCCGGGCCUCGUGCGAGAGGCGUGGACGGACAAGAUCGCCGAGGCCCGGCAGGGAGACGCCGGCCUCGAUCCAUUCCAGCCGCCCUCCUGGUUCCUCACCACCAGCGCCACCCUGACCACCAGCACCCUGAGCAGCCCUGAGCACUGCCACAAAUCCCCACUGAGGGGAAACGGAGCAGGGGGAGCAGGGGUGGAGCACUUUGGGGUUCACCUCCUCCACAGCCCUACCAGACCGGGGGCAGCUGAGCGCACUACUGCCCAAGAUCUGGACUUCCUGUACGCCAAAGGGACCAAAGCCAGGGGCGGCGGAGAGGCCGGGGUGGGAGCCAGCGGCACAGAUGAGGUGUUCAGCAGUGGGAGGUGGCCGGGGCCAUGUCUUCUGGAGGGUGGGGGGCUAAGGACGUCUCCCAGUCAGUCUCCCAUCUGCCCCACAGUGAGCUACGCCUCCUCUCUUGAGCUCCAGCUCUCCAGAAACUUGAGCGACGACAUGAAGGAAGUGGCCAUCUCCGUCAGGAACGCCAUCCGCUCCCCGCCGGGGCCGGUGGUCCGGGACACGGCCUGCCAGACCAACGGAUUCACCACGCGAGGCACUCAGACCACCCAGACCAUCAGCGUGGGCCUACAGACGGACCUGCUGAGGAACCUGACCAGCAGCCCGCACCGCUGCCUCACCCCGAAAGGGGGCGGCACGCCCAUCUCGUCCCCGUCGCGCAGCAUGAGGAAGGUUCAGUACUCCCCCGUCGUCCAGAGCAAGUUCGAGCGACCCUGCUGCUCGCCAAAGUACGGCUCCCCCAAGCUCCAGCGCAAGCUGUCCACGUCCAACAAGGCCGAGCUGCCCAACAACAGCCGCGCCCCCACCCCCACCACGCCCCAGAAGGGGAACAGCGAGUCGGCGUGGGCCCGCUCCACCACCACCCGCGACAGCCCCGUCCACACCACCAUCAACGACGGCCUCUCCAGCCUCUUCAACAUCAUCGACCACACUCCCGUCGUCUACGACUCCCUUCAGAAGUUCAACAAGUCCCCGAGUCGCUCUCGCCCCACGCCGCCCUCCACCACCGAGCCCAGCCCUGCCCACGCGGCCCUCCCCGCCGACGCCAGGAUCGUGCAGGAGUGCCUGCGGACUGCUCGCGGGCGCUCACCCAGCCCCGUGCAGCUAAUAGUGGAGGCUCAGGGGGACAAAAACGCGGAGGUGGUGAGCAUACGGCAGGACCUGUCAGCCCCACCGGGCUACACGCUGGCUGAAAACACAGCCCGCAUCCUUAAUAAGAAGCUGCAGGAGCAGAACUUUAGAGAGGAGAAGAGGCUGCAGGCCGGAGGACAGAGCAGAGACAACAGCCGGCAGGCCGACUCAGACAGAGGACAGUCUGGAUGUAUGGAGGACCUGCCUCGCUCUCCGGUGGCUCCGCCCCUGGACUCCUGCUUCCUGAGACCGGCCCGCCCGGCCAACCGCAGACCCCCCUCGCGCUGGGCCGCCCGCUCCCCUUCCUCCUCCCCCAAGUGGAGCGAGGGAUCGAAGAGGAGGUUCACCUUCCCGCCGCCGGGACACCGGAAGACCAUCCUGGAGGGCGAGGAGCCGGCGUGAGACCUGUCCUCUACCUCCUCUCACCCUCCUCCACCUCAGCCUAAAAAGACCCAGUACCUCAGAAACCCCCCCAGAGCUAGAGACUCCCAUAAGGCGGAGCGUGAACAAGGGGGUUGGGAUCCACCCAGUAGCACCAGCUGACCAUCAAGGAACCAGAACUUCUUUUUAGGAGAACCUGGAAUGUACUGUAAAAUCAUCGACAUAUAAAAUCCAUUUCCAUAACAGGUGCCUGUAAUCUUGAGUUAAUCAACGCCCCAUGUGUGUUUAUACAUAUAUAUAUGUACAGUGCCAACUAAAAGUGGUUGCAUCCUUCAGAAUUUCUGCAUAAAAAUUAGUCAAAACAUCAAUAGAUUCAAACACAAGUCCUGGCAGUAGAGCAUGAGAACCCACUCAAACAAAUGAAACAGAAAUAAUAUGCUUUGGUCAAAAAAAAAAGACCCAAUAUUACAUAUCAGUGAGGCGCAAAACUAAAUUGUCUUAAAGGCCUAAUUAGACUCAGGUGGCCCCAUUUCGUUUAAAAUAAAUCAGGGAUUUGUCUCAGUCCGAUCUUCACAACAACACGUUUUUGACUUGACAAAUCCACAGUCAGACAUAUUGAGAACAAAUGGUGAUUUAAGACAAGUUGUUCUACAAAACAAGAGUAGGGUUUUGGGUCAGAAGUCCAAAUUCUGACCGUAGUCCAACAAAAAUAUUGUGGAAGGACCUGAAGCAAACAGUUCACGUGAGAAAACCAACACCAACAUCUCAGAAAUGAUUAAUUCCUUGGAGCCGCUGUAGACAAUUGAUAUAUGUACAAGAUGAUUAAUUUUCUUGAAUAAAAACACACUAAAGCAUAACAUUUCUUUUUUAAUUCGGUUCCCUUUGUCUACUUUUAGGAUCUGUGUGAAAAUCCGCUGAUGUAUUCAAUCAUUUUUAUGCAGAAAUGUAAAAAAUUCAACCCCUUUUAAGUGGCACUGUAUGUAUUUAAUACAUGUAUAUGUGUUUUUUGUUUGUUUGUUUUCAGGUGAAACUACUUCAUUUUUUUUACACACAUUUCUCUGAUUCGUUUUGUCGGUUCAGGCAAAGGUUUUUUCUUUUUUUUUUAAUAAGAGCAUCUAUUACUUUUUUUUCUGCCAAUGUUUAAAGCUUCACUUUUUUAUACAUAGUUUCCACACAAAUAAACAGACAAAAAAAAUAAAAAUCCGCUUCAUCGGGUCUGAAGCGGAGACACAUGAUGUCAUUUCUGACUCUAACGUCCUUAUUUAUUUUUACGUCGUGGAUGAAUGUUUGCCUCUGUAGACACGUAGACGACGGGCGGCGACAAACUGAAUAACCUUAUGCAUAUUUGGAAGGCAGUUGUACAAAUAUCGGUCAAAUAUUUGCAUGCCUUUUGAAAACACUAGCACUUUAGUGCAUGUACAUACGAGCUCUAGUCAUUUGUGAUCGCUCAGCUCAGACGUGGGGAGAUGGGAGUGGGGAAAAAAAAAUAAGAAAACUGGUCGUGAAACCUGCUGAGCUGUUGUUUUUGUUGUCACAUGAUUUGCAUUGACGAAAAUAAGUUUUUAAGUAAAUUAUUGUACCUACCUACCGGGCUGUCUUUGUACAGUUGUUGCCAUUGGAUAUGAACAACUUUUUUCUGUUGAUGAGAAAAAGGGAUUGUGGAAAAAAAAAAAAUAUAUGAAUGUUUUAAAUGAAAAGUCUACGUCGAAUAUAGUCUCCUGUAAAUAGUAAAUGGUAAUAAACAUGAAUGUGUAUUUACAAAA